CAUUCACCUAUAUAAUACCAACCCCACCACUCAACACCCCACGAACGGGUGAAUACAUUCAAAAUGGACACAGUAGACGCCUCAGCCCACUACUCCCAAUCCGUCGACGAAAAACCCUCCCUACUAGUCCUAAUCCUCGACACAAACCCCUACGCCUGGUCCACCCUCUCAGCGACACUCCCGCUAGAGCGAGCUCUAGCUUCCAUACUUAUAUUCCUAAACGUGCACAUGGCCUUCUCGCACGCGAAUCGUGUCGCGGUCAUCGCUUCGCAUACGAGGUCUGCUCGCUUCCUUUACCCAACCACUACUUCUACCACCACCGCCGCCGGCGGUAGCGGCGGCAGUGAAGAUCCAUUCCGCGACGCAAACAAGUACCGCCAGUUCCGCCUGAUAGAGGAUCAAGUGCAGGCCUCGUUCGCCGAGCUCAUGCGCCAGACGACGGCCAGUGAGUUGGUGGAUGCGAAGGAGACUAUGAUGGCCGGUGCGUUGGGGCUUGCGUUGGGGUACGUUAAUCGCUUGGUUAGGGUUGAUGAUAGUGGUGGCGUCGUGGGUGGGAAGGAUGGUGCUGUCGGGGAGGUUACUAGCAUGAAUGCUAGAAUCUUGGUGGUCAGUGUUUCCGGCGACCUGGCGGAGCAGUACGUUCCUGUUAUGAAUUCGAUAUUCGCGGCGCAGAGGAAAAAAAUACCAAUUGAUAUAUGUAAGGUUGCUGGCGAGACCGUGUUUCUGCAGCAGGCGUCCGAUACUACUAGAGGUAUAUACAUGCAGUUGGAACAUCCGGAGAGCCUUUUGCAGUAUUUGAUGAUGUGCUUUAUCCCGGACACUGCUACUCGCCGGCAUCUGGUUCCACCAACGCAGGUUAAUGUAGACUUCCGCGCCGCGUGCUUCUGCCAUAAGAAUGUGGUGGAUAUUGGGUUUGUGUGCUCGAUAUGCUUGUCAAUCUUUUGCACCCCGCCCGAAGGCGCCAUCUGCACCACAUGCAACACCAAACUCGACAUUUCCGCCCUUGGAAACUUCGGUGGAAAACCCGCUGUGGUAUUGACAAAAAAGAAAAAGACGAAAAAACUCAAGCAAUCGAAAGCCACCUCCUUUUCAAACGAGGCAUCUGCCACCAGUACUCCAGGAACUCCAGCUUCGUAGGAGGAAAAAUGAUCCUCCGUUGCUCAUGCUAAACCAACAACCAUACCCAUGCAUGAAAUGCAAAGCAAAAACUUUUACACCCCCACCAGAAAGCAAGGAAGAGAAAGCGCAAGCGAGAGGAUAAGAGCGGUUGCUAGUAAUAUUACUACAGGGUCAAACAGUGUCUAUCGACAGUUAGGCUUUGCCCAUAUAAUUGUAUAAUUAGUACAACGGGUCUUUGAGUACUGCGGAUUCCGCCAUGUCUUUUCUCACCUUU